CUCCUCUUGAUAACCGUUGAUCUCCACUCGAUCUAAUUAUCCUCGAUGUAAGUUAUUUUAUAUUGUAGAUACACCGAAGAGUUCGUGAGCCGAGAAAGACUUAAUAAUAAGCACUCAUAACUACGAGUCUUCUUUUAUAACUUGUAACUGACAAAAAUUCUCUCUUUCCCGGGAAAGUUCAAUUUUCUUUCUCCUCUGAGAAGAACUGAAGAGCGAGAAAUGAGUAAGCUGAUGGACUAUUAUCUUCUCUACACGGUGCUUCUUCUUCUUCUUCGUGGAUCAGUUUCUCUGUCUAACGCAAGGCCACGCGCUAAUCGACAUCCCAAUUUCAUGCGAUUCGUGACGAACGCAACCGAUUUCGCGUCGGAGGAAUACUACGACUACAUAAUCGUCGGCGGAGGAACGGCGGGAUGUCCACUCGCCGCCACGCUCUCCCAAUCCUUCCGCGUCCUUCUCCUCGAGCGCGGCGGCGUUCCGUACACCAGACCUAACGUGAUGACACACGACGGUUUCUUGACGACUCUCACGGACGUCAACAGCUUCGACUCUCCCGCUCAGUCCUUCAUCUCCGAGGAAGGAGUACCCAACGCAAGAGGCCGUGUUCUUGGCGGAAGCAGCGCGAUCAACGCUGGGUUCUACAGCCGAGCUGAUAGACAGUUCUUUGAGAACUCAGGUCUUGAUUGGGAUCUGAUGACUGUGAAUCAGUCUUACGAAUGGGUGGAGAGAGCUAUUGUGUUUAGACCUCAGCUUAGAACUUGGCAGUCUGCGAUUAGAGACGCGUUGCUUGAGGUUGGUGUGCAUCCCUUUAACGGCUUCACGUUGGAGCAUAAAGUGGGGACUAAGAUCGGAGGGUCCACGUUUGAUCGUUACGGGAGAAGACACAGCUCUGCAGAUCUUCUUAGAUAUGCGAGAAACUCCAACAUUAGAGUAGCUGUUUACGCUACCGUGGAGAGAGUCUUGCUAAGUGAUUCUGGUUCUAAUGUCUCUGCUAUUGGAGUUGUGUACCGUGAUCAGCUGGGGCGUUACCAUCACGCUAUGAUACGGGACAGAGGAGAGGUGAUACUAUCAGCUGGCUCACUCGGUACUCCCCAGUUGAUGCUGCUUAGUGGGAUUGGUCCAAGGAGCUACCUUUCGACUUGGGGGAUCCCAGUGGCUAUUGACCAGCCUCAUGUGGGAGGGUUUGUGUAUGAUAACCCGAGGAACGGUAUCUCCAUUGUUCCUCCGGUUCCAAUGGAGAACUCGCUGAUACAAGUGGUGGGCGUUACUGAGGACGGUGCUUUUCUGGAGGCUGCUUCUAAUGUGAUCCCGUUUGCGUCUCCUCUGCAAUCUGUUUUCAUCAGAGCUCCAGCUUCUCCUUUGUACGUCCCUGUGACAACUAUAAUGGAGAAGAUCCUUGGUCCGGUGUCUGUUGGUUCGCUAAGGUUGGCUUCAACGGAUGUGAGGAUAAACCCAGUUGUUAGGUUCAACUACUUUAGUGAUCCACAGGAUCUGGAGAGAUGUGUGAAUGGGACUAGGAAGAUUGGUGAAAUACUCAGGAGCCGAGCUAUGCAGGACUUUAUGUUCAGGGAAUGGUUUGGGAGCCAUAGGUUCAGGUUCGUUGGAGUUCCAUUACCAUUAGACCAAACAAAUGAUCUGGUGAUGGCAGACUUCUGUAGACGAACUGUUAGCACGAUAUGGCAUUACCAUGGUGGCUGCGUUGUGGGGAAAGUAGUGGACUAUGAUCUCAAAGUCAAGGGUGUUGAUUCUCUAAGAAUCGUGGAUGGAUCAACCUUCAAUAUCUCUCCAGGGACUAAUCCACAAGCUACCUUGAUGAUGCUUGGAAGGUACAUGGGUCUAAAGAGGCUGAAAGAGAGAAUGGGAUACUGAUCUUUCAGAUGAGUUUGAUGGCAUUUUCUGGAAUCCUUUGCUGAUUCUUUUGUUGUAUGUUCAACUCUAGCUCUCUAUUAGGUGCUUUUACAGUUUGUAUAUUCUUUUGUUCAUUGUUUUCAUUGGACUCCUCUCGUUGAUUGAUGUAAUAGUCAGCAGGACUGAGAUGUAAUGACCAAUAGCGGAUUUUGCUCAGAGUAGCUAUGUUUCUCUUAAAUGAACAUACUAGAGCAAAUUUAAAACAUGGUAAUG